UUGUGCUGAGGUGAUAUUCCUGUCUAAAAGAACAACAUCGUCUUUCUUUUCUAGCACAGAGUUAUGCAUUAAGAUAUGCAUACCUCAUUAGUUUCCUAUAUAUUCAUGCCAUCUGGAAAAGACAGACUAUGGUGUAACCAUGAUUCUCUUAUGUAUUGGUACGUCUGUAGACCAAGAUAUAAUUUUUUAAAAAUAAGUUUAUUUCUUUCAAGGUUUACAAAUAACAAAGGUGCACCUUGUAUUUAAAAUUGCCAUUAUAGACGAGAGCGUGCAUGCACAGUCAUUUUUGUUUAAGAGUAAUAUUUUUAAUGUAAUAGAUUUUAAGAUGUGGUGAGGGAGGGAUCUGACAGAGAUGAAUGUGCCAAGCAAAACCACAACUGUGUAUCUUUUAAAGCACAUCAUGGCUUUAAGUACCAUGUUGUUAAGGAUUCUCAUGAAGUGCCAUAGACUGUACAUCAAAUUAGAGUAUUAUUUCUUCAGUGUUAUUGUUUUCAGAGCCACAUUUUGUUGCUUAUUUGCUAGUACUAAUCAGUCAAAGGGCACCAUUCUUUUUUUUUUUCUUUCUUUUUUUUUUUUUGGAAACCAAAGCUGUCUCAGAAAUGGCCAAUUUAACUCUACAGUAACAAUAGACAGCACAACACAAACUCUCUUGAUACAGAUAAACUCACACAUACUGGAGAUAUAUAUAAUAGAUAUAUAUAUAUAAAAUUAUUUUAAUGCAUUGUAGUGUAAUAUUUAUGCAUACUAUACUGUAUAACAUGUUAUUCAAAAGGGAUAUGCCAUUUCUGAGACACGAUAACAAAAAAAAAUGUUUGAGGAAAUUAUUUUGCUUCUAUUUAUAGCUCUGUCAAAAGUCAAAAGACUAUAAAUGCUUUGCAAAAAUGGUUUCACAUUUGCUUAAAUGCUUCAUCACAGUCACAUUUAAAAUAGUGACUCUAAACAAAGAAGAAAGCAGCACUGUCAUCAGAUGCAUGAUAAACCAAAAUAUGAAAAUGGGAAAUGUUUAAUUAACCUAGUAAUUGGGUGGGUUAAAUACAUGGGUGAAUUUUAUAUGUGAUUUGUUUUGUUUUGUUUUGUUUUGUUCAGAUUAACUGCUUAUAGCCUUAGAAAGCCUUUUACAAAAUUAAAAAAAAAAUAGAUGUGCAUUCAGUUUUUAAGAAUGGAUUCAUCCAAAGGAAUUCCUUUUUUUGUGGUUUGGAUGUUGCAGCUAGCAAAGGAUAUUUUUGCUCUGUUCAGCAGUUCUAAAAAUUGCUGAAGUAGGGGCUAGGUCACUGGUAGUUAUAGUAUGGAAUGGGAGAAGCGAAAGUUCGGUUAUAGAACUUUCCAUACUUCCAAGUUUACUGCAAGUUUUUAUGCUUGAGAGAGAUGCUUUCUAAUAUAAGACUGAUGUGUUGAUUUUACUGAUUGUACUGUACAUCUAUUAAAGCCUUAGAUUAUUACAUUACGGGUUGGAACCCAUACCAAUGUAAUUUCAAUCAUGUUAAGAGAGUAAUGGUGACUUCACAUGUUAUUGUAGUUAGUUACAUUAUAGAAUACUACUUAUUUUUCUUGUUAAAAUGUAGUUUUUCAUUUCCUACAUUUAUUAGAUUUCAUUUUCUAUUAACAAUUGAAUACCAUUUCAGUUUAUAGACUAUUGUUUUAUUAGAUUUUACCGAUGAAUUUUUCAAAAUACAAAAAAAAAUUAAAGUAGUUUUUCCUUCAUAACAUACUCAGUUUUGAAUUACAUGUAGUGUCAUACGAAUAUUCGUAUUAUUGUUAACUAAAUGAUUUAUAUUUUACUGAUUUAAUAUUAAAGUGUAAGAAUGUCAGUCAUUGUUAGUUCUUGUCUAGUUUUCAUUAAAAGAACAAAGAUCUUUUAUAUGGAUAUCUUAUAAAUAUAUAAUCAUUGCUAAGUAAGAAGUUAAGUUGUUGCUAUCGCAACAAUCCUGGCAGACAAUUGAGUAAUAUUUUGAUGAUUUAUUUUGUUUGUAAUUAGUUAUUAUAAGAAGAUCUAGAUCCUAGAUAUUAGAAUAAAAUUUAUUUUCUACUGUAUCCAUUUCAAAUGUUAAAGUAUUGUUUAAUAUUUUUGAAAUCCCUGAAUAUCAGGCCUUGUUAUAAAUAAGCUGCAUAAUCAAUAAAUAGAACAAGGGACUUUUUGUUGAUAAUCCAAAUACUCAAAGUUUACGUAAUGAGAAUUAUAGCGUGUGUGCAAACUCUUGAGGGUUGAUUAUGCUGCAAUUUAGCAUGUUGGAACGUCUAGAGAGAAGGUUGACUUUUUGCACUUCUGUAUAUAGUCAAAAGAGAGAAACCUGUAUAAUAGUAAGAUCUUAUUUUGAAUAAAAACGUCUAUAAUUACAAGGAGUUUUGUUAAGGCUAAUAAAAUGACAGACUGAGCAAAAUUGCUUGCAAAAGUGGCACAGAGUUAGCACUCCAUACCCCUUCAAACAUGUUGCUUUGCUUUAUUGUGGACAGCUUGUAGUUUGCCAGGAUUUUUUCAGCUGGAAAGAUAUGCCAUCCUUCCGAGAUCUCAUGACUGACAAAAACUCCAUUGGGCCAAAUCUGCCUGAAGAUCAUUACCAAAAAUAGCAGGUACUUCAACCAUUAAGGUGAAAUCAUGGAUCAGAUAUUCCGUACAUUUUUCGAAACUACUGCAUGUUUAAAACUUUCAACGAAAAAAACAAAAACAAAAAAAAAAAAAAGAGAGAGAACUAUACUAAGGACAUAUAUGAUACAAAUCAGUUUCUGCCAAUUUCAGUGGUUUAUUGUUCACAAAAAAAAAAAAAUCUUCAAAACAAGUAUUGACUUUCACAAAAUUUAAACCAUAAGCAGGCAAACCAAACAGCACACCGUAGCUAUAGUUGUUAUGUGAUUGUUUUUUAAUUGCCGUAGGAUCCUGUUCUUUCAGCAGGUGAAAAAAAAACAAAACACAGUUCAAAUUUCACGGUUUUAAUUUUCAACUCAGAAGCACUCAGAAAAGCAAAUGUGGUAAUUAAUGGGCACUUGUUUCAUGAAUUUGUGUAUCCAGCCUUCGUUCCAGCUGGCUAUCAUGUUGCACUUACCAGCAACCCUCCCGCUUUCAUCUGCUGAAAGGACAGAUGUGCUUGGUUUUACUAUUAUGUAAUCACAACUUACUUUCUGCUUGUAGUUGCUUAAAAUUAUGUAUUUUGUCUUGGGCUGCAAUUUGUUUUAUGCUUAUUUUAUUAUUACUGCAGUAGUUGACUUUGCUGUAUGGAAAAAUAAAGUGAAAUUGCCCUAAUAAAACUUCUCUUUCUUAAGUAUA